UCGCUUUUUCCCGCUCUGCCGCUCCAUUCUCGUUAUCUUUCCCGUUAUCUUUCCCCGUUAUUAUCUCUCGUUCCCGUUAUCCCGCCCUGCCCAGGAGCGGGAUCCCCUCCCUCGGGAGCUGCGCGGGGUCGCGGCAAGGCGGAAGCGCGGCGGGCGGGGGCGUGGCCGUCCCUGUGACCCGCGCCCACGUGUUCGGCGGCGCACGCGGAGCCGCCACCAUGGAGCAGCCCAGCCCCUCUGGAGGCAGCGAGGAGCUCUCAGAGAGUGAGGAGAGCGUUUAUUCCGGCCUCGAGGAUUCGGGAAGCGACAGCGAAUCCUCCGGGAAUGAGGAGGAGGAGGAGCACGAGGAAGAGGAAGAGGAGGAUGAUGAGGAAGAAGCCCCUGGGAGCCCCUCAACUCUUCAGACACAGGCCCAAGGGAAGAGGAAAGCCUUGGAAGACGAUUCCCCCUUGGAAGGGAAGCAGGAUUUGGUUGUCCACGACGAGUACGAGGAGGACAGCUCGGAUGAGGAGGUAGGAUCCCAAAAACUCAUGGAAUUUUAUCCUGGAUUUGCGAUGGAUUUGGUGUGA